CACAGCACAGAAAGCACAUCGAGAUUCAAUUUUACCUUGUAUCUCAAAUUUUUAAAUUAAAAUAAAGUGCUAUUAAAACGCGAUUUUUGAUCAAUUAAUAACCGGAAGAAUGGCUAAAGUUGUGUCAUCGUUUUUCUCAACACUUCUGCCUCGCGCUUUGUCGUCUUCAGUGAAUGUUGAAAGUGAUGUUCGAGAACCGUUAGAGAUACAUACUUUUAGGGAUAGAGUCAUAACUAUGGAAGAAGUGUCAUGCCAUGAUUCCUCUAAGGAUUGUUGGAUUAUCAUCUAUGAUAGAGUGUACGAUGUGACGAAUUUUUUGGAAGAGAAAAUAUGGUUUAAAAUGCACACAUUUACGCUCAAAUUAUCAUAUUUCUGCUCCAAUGUGGAAGAAAAAACCUACGAGGAUGAAAUUGUGGAUGAAAAACCAAUGCAGACUGGAAAUAAUAUUGGAGACGAAGACGGUGAUGUUCUUGAAGAUUUCGACGAUCUACUAGUAGAAUCGGGAAGGUUUGUUGAAUCUAACGAUGAAGAAAUGCCAUCAAAGAGACAAAAACUAAUGGAUGAUUAG